GCGAGCGGGGCGUGGCGGGGCCGGCGCCUGUUUACGUCCGGCUCCGGAGCGUCAGUGCGUCCGCCGCGUCUGCGCCAUGGAUAUCAGCGACCUCUUCACCAGCUGCAGGAAGGGAGACGUGGGUCGAGUGCGGUACCUGCUGGAGCAGCGAGACGUGGAUGUGAAUGUAUGGGACAAGUGGGAUAGUACCCCCUUGUACUAUGCCUGUCUAUGUGGGCAUGAAGAACUGGUACUCUACCUUCUGGCCAAUGGAGCCCGCUGUGAGGCCAACACAUUCCACGGUGAACGCUGCUUCUAUGGGGCUGCAAGUGAUACCAUCCGCCGGGCCCUGCUUGAUUAUAAGCAAGUGACACCCUCCUCCAGGAGGCGGGACUACUAUGAUGAAUUCCUGCAGCGGCUUCUGGAUCAAGGCAUCCACAGUGAUGUGCUCUUUGUGGUGCACGGGAAGCCCUUCCGGGCCCAUCGCUGCAUUCUGGGUGCACGUAGCAGCUACUUUGCCAACAUGCUGGAUACCAAGUGGAAGGGCAAGAGCAUCGUGGUCCUCAGACAUCCACUGAUCAACGCUGUGGCCUUUGGGGCCCUGCUGCAGUACCUGUACACAGGUGGCCUGGAUGUCGGUGUGGAACACAUCAGUGACUGUGAGCGCCUGGCCAAGCAGUGCCAGCUAUUGGAUCUGCUCAACGACCUGGAGGCCAAGUGCAAGGAAGUGUCUGAGUUUGUGGCGUCCAAGCCAGGCACUCAUGUGAAGGUGCUGAGCAUGAGGCCCCCCGCAGAGGACCCCCGGCUCCGGGAGGACCUGGCCUUAUUGGCUGACUGUGCCCUGCCCCCUGAGCUCCGAGGUGAUCUUGGGGAGUUGCCUUUCCCUUUCCCUGAUGGCUUCAACAGCUGUCCUGAUGUUUGCUUCCAAGUGGAGGGUUGCAGCUUCCUCUGCCACAAGGCCUUCUUCUGUGGCCGCAGCGACUACUUCCGGGCCCUGCUGGAUGACCACUUCCGAGAGAAUGAAGGGCUAGAGGCCUCUGGUGGCCUCCCAGCCAUCACCCUGCAUGGCCUCUCGCCCCACGUCUUCACCCAUGUGCUCUACUACAUAUACACCAACCACACUGAGGUGCCCCCGGAGGUGGCCUAUGAUGUGCUGAGCAUGGCCGACAUGUACCUGUUGCCGGGCCUGAAACGACUGUGUGGCCGCAGUCUGGCCCAGCUGCUGGAUGAGGACAGUGUGGUGGGCCUGUGGCGCGUGGCCAAGCUGUUCCGCCUGGCACGCCUCGAGGACCAGUGCACUGAGUACAUGGCCAAGGUUAUCGAGAAGCUGGUGGAGCAGGAGGACUUCUCGGAGGCCGUGAGGGAGGAGGCGGCGGCUGUGAGAGGCCGGCAGGAGCAGGACUCCAUCCCUCUGGUAGAUGACAUCCGCUUCCACAUCACCAGCGUGGUGCAGACCUACAGCAACAUUAAGGAGAUGGAGCGGCGGCUACACGCACUUGAGGACCUGCUGGUGUCCAUUGGCCUGGACUGCUGACUGACACUGGGCCACGGGCUCCCUGUGGACUACGCAUGUGGUUUGGUCGACCAUGUGCUCCACUGUGUGCUCCUUGCACCCUCCAGGGCAUCGUGGUGUGUGGAAGAGACUCGUUGAGGCUCCCUACCCUGGUGUGCUUGGAGGCCCCAGGGAGGGUUACCUAGGAUGAGCUUCCUCCCCCGUGCACAAACCAGCCCCCUCAGCCCUGGGCUGGGCACCACUCAGGGAAACCUGGGGUGGGAUCUCUUAGCCUCCUUCCCCAGGUCCCCCUCCCCUCCACUCUGGCUCUCCCUGGCUGCUUGCUUCCUAAAACCAAGCCACCUUCUCACAGGCACAGAGAUGGCCAGGAGGGAGCAGCAGAGUGUGUGGCAAUAAAGCUUGAAUUCACUGGGAACCUGAGCCCGGGAAGAUGGUGAGAUGGGGUGUAGGGGCAGUUUCUGGAGUUGGGGACCCUCAUGGAGAGGUUUAGGUGCCCAGCAGGGGCUACUCAGGGAUUAGGGGUUGCCCUGGGUCUAUGGGUCUUGAGUAGGCAACCCCUGUUUGUGGGGGCCCUGAAAUCUCCCAGCUGAACUCCUCAUCACACCCCUGCCCCGGAGCAGGACUCCCCUCAGGGCACAGCUUUCCCCUGGGCUCCUUGUUGGUGAAGUCACACUGACCAACUGCCUGGCCUGGGGGCCCUGGAGGAUGUUGAGUGGGAUAGGGCUGACUGAGGACGCAGGCUGCUUCCCCCUCAGGCCAAGUAAGGAUUGGCUUCUGAGCCAUAGCAUUUCUAGCACUCAUUCACUGAGCACUUACUCUCUAAGGAAGGCUGUUCAUAUGGCCGAAGUGUCUGAUCAUCCCUGCCCAUGAUCCCAGGCACCGGGACAGGCUGGGCCACAGGCAGGACCGAGGAGAGGCCUGGCAGCAACUGGCUCUGCAAUCCCAGGAUGCAGGGCCGGGAGAAGUGGGUGCAGAGAAGUGAAAGGGGGAGGAAGCCCUGACUCUCCCACUCCCCACCCCACUGGCCACUGGCUGUGUUGGGCCUCGUUCCAAGAGGGGGACUGUACCUCCACUUCCCCUCAGCCCCAGGCCAGCCUCCUCCUGGACGUUAUUAGGGAGGUCAGAGGUGGCUUUCUCAGGAUGCCCUUCAGGCUUUCAGACCCCUACAUAGCCCCUAUCUGGUCCCUGAGGCCCAGGUGUUGUGUAGGUAGCUAGAUCUUAAAGGAAGAAAGCAAAGGGAAUCAGACAUUAUUGUUUCACCAGGAAGUUACAGCUUCACACACUCCCAGGGAACCACUGGUCCUUUCCUGCCAAUCACUGGGGCAAGGGACAGAACAAUGAAGGGGGAGGUACACAGUGCGGAGUAGGAGUAAAUUGGCUCAGGGAGGUGCUUCUAUGAGGCAUGCGCAUAGAGCCAAAUGGCCACAGAGGACUGUCAGUCAAGCCUGGGGGAAGAAUGGAUUGGUUGGGGUGGUCCCAUCAGAAGCUCCGGAAGCUUGGAAGUUGAUUGGUUACUUUGAAUACACGGGUCCUUCCCAAACCCAGGUAAUCUAAUCCCAGGAAACAAAGCCAGUCCCUCUCUCCCUCCCUCUCAAUAGCACACGCUCACCCUUUCCUUCACUUGUUCUCACUCCAUAGCCAUGUGGCCUUAGCAGUCGCAUGGCCAUUCUCUAAACACAGGCUCCAGGCCGAGCCUGGAUACAGCAGCACAGCUAGGAUUGCAGCCAGGAACCCGAACCAAGCCAGCCGGGUGGUGAGAAACUGUGGACUGGACUCGGCUUUAACGUGGCCCAGGGUCUCUGGACGCUGGGUCUAUUUCUGGCCCUGAUGUCCCAUGGCAGGAGGGACAGCGAUGGGACAUGGGGAACUGCCUUCUACUUCCACCCAAAUGAAUCUUACCACCAGACCUCAUCCUCCCUUGUGGGUCUCCCAAAAUGAUUUUUUUCUCAACACCUCAAGGACCCACGUCCAUCGUCCAUCGGCAACAGAGCUGCACCCCAAGGCCUCUCGCUCGUCUGCUUUGGGAACAGCAGGCUGAAAUCCGAGUGGUGCUCGGAGCUGGGGGAAGAGUCAGAAGCUCACUGUUCUUCCACCGGCGGGAUGCUGGGCAUGGUGGCCCUCCCUGCAGUUGUUUCAUGUCACUUGACACUUGUUACUCUUGUUGUUUUCCAGAACUUGGGGGAAUCUUUUCCUUUCCCUCUCCAGUGCAUUUCAUCUGUGUUGGUCCAGUAGGGGAAGCUGUAAGGGCUGAAGGACAGGAUGAGCGAUCAGUUGAACAAGUUAGCAGGUAGGCUGGGAGGAGUGGUGAGGAGGGGGAGCUCGCCAAGCUGACAGGGGUGGCCCUGCUGGUGGAGGGCAGGGUUUAUGCAAGGUCCUGGGAGUCUGAAGGAGCCUGACAUGAGACGAGGGGUCAGCAUGGCCAGAGGCCAGGAGUUCCCACCCUGGCUCUCUUACUGCCUGGUCGCUGUGCCGUGCCUGUUUGCCUCUCUAUAAAUGGGAAGUCAUUUUCAUAGUAAUUCCUUGCUUGGGGUGUUAGUUACUACUUGGGCAGGGCUCAGUGCAGCACUGGUUGUAAGUGCUGAGCCUAGAGAGGAGGUGUGAGUAGGAAGUGACGGGGGAGGGGGGCACUGACUUGCAUAUUUGAAAGUUUACUUGGGUGUGCCCCACAACCCCAGCUUCUAAACACAGGACAUGAUGUCCCAAAAAGGAAUGGAGGAGGAGUGCUGAGUGGGAGUUGGGGGUUCAUCUGACUUGUGUGUAGUUUUCUUUCUUUUUUUAAAAUGUUUUUAUUGACAUUUAGAGAGAGAAGAAGGGAGAGGGAGAGAGAAACAUCGAUCAGCUGCCUCUUGCACACCCCCUAACCGGGAUCGAGCCCACAACCCAGGCAUGUGCCCUGAUGGGGAAUCAAACCAGCAACCUUUCGGUGCAUGGAUGACACCAACCAACUGAGCCACACCUACCAGGGCACUUGUGUGUAGUUUUCCAUACUUUUAGAAUAUGUGGUGUGUAGCUGUACUACGUUAAGAAUGGAAAAGCACACCUAUCCCUCACUUCAUUUUAAUUAAUUCGUGAUAAGUGCAAAACGGCUGAAUGAAAAAAUAUAAAUUUUCAUAAAUUUAAUUGGGUAAUACACAUAUUCUGUCCUAAUUCAAGGUAGCCACAUACUUUUCACUGCAGGAAAAAUAGAUCAACAAACACUGACAAAAUAAGCAACAACGGAAAAGAAACACUGCUUAUACACAUAAUGUAAUGUAGGGGGAUGGUUUGUUUAUGCCCCUGAGAAGAGAAAAGGAGUGAUGGUGGGGCAGGGCGGAGACAAGAUCAGUAGCAGUGCUGUGCUGAGUCAUACUAAAAUUGGAAGCAAAAAGAAAAGCCAGAUCCUAACUAUUUAAAAUAUUAUUUGGUUUAUCAUUCUUUUGCAUUAAUUUUGAUUUUAAAAAUUACAGUAUUAUCUUGAUUACUAAGAUUUUUAGUGCCCCAUUACAUUUUGUGUCUAGGUGAGUGGUGCCCAUUAUGGUAUCUAUAAUAAUAAAAGCAUAAUAUGCUACUUAGACCUGGCAUCAUUCUGGACGGCCUUCCAGACGACCUUCCGGACAAAGCCGGGGCUGCGAGGGAAGCCCGGGUCCCAGGUGCCAGAGGGAAGCCGGUGCCGGUGCCAGCAGCCUGGGGAAGGAAGGCCUACUCUUGCACGAAUUUCGUGCAUUGGCCUCUGGUUACAAAUAAACAGGAAAUAAGCAAAUAGCCUCUGAGUUGUAAUCACGGAAGGAAAUUAUGGAAUAGAUGUGGCUGCAAAGAUGUCAGUGCAGCUUCUGUUUCCCCAAGGGAAACAUGGGCUCAUUCAAUCCACCUUGGGUGUGCCCCACAACCCCUUUGGCCCUGACCCAAAUAGUUGUUACAGGAGGUAAGUCUACAAUGAAAAAAUAAAGUAUUUUUUUUUCA